CUAGGUAAGGUAAGGAUGAACGAGUAGGAGCCUGUGGCUGCAGGCAGGUUAUCUCACUGCCGCAAACCCCCCCCAAAGAUUAUCACAAUUGACCUUUUUUUUUCCCUCCCUCGCCCGCUCCCCGUCGAGACAGCUGAAUUCACGAUACCCUCGACUUGGGCCCAACAUCGCGUUGAGAGCCCGCACAUCUCGGAGGCUCUCUACGUAGCAUUCGUCACGCGACCUCAUCCACAAACCUUGGGAAAGAUUUGCCGCGAACAACGGGAGGGGAUAUUGGCGUACCUCUUGAAUCGCUACUGCUGUGCAUCGCCGAGGCCUCUUGCUGCCUUGCCUUGCCUCGCCUUCUCCCUCACCUCCCGGCCAUGGCCUUCCAUUCCGGGUCGCAGGCGUCUGGGUCGUCGCUCUUUGGCCUCCUCGCGGAAAACCCCAUAGCCAAUGCCGUCUCCGACGCCUACAGGUCCUUCUCGGACCGGCGAGGCAAGCUCGGCUUGUCGAAUCCUGGCUCCAUCGAGACAAUCGCAAAGGAGGUCCAGCGCGAGGUUUCGGUCACCAAUUAUAUGCACACCGGCCUGAGAGCCGACCUCACCAAGGCCGUUAGCCUGUCCCCGUUGUUCCAGGUCUCGCACCAGUUUGCCAUGGGCGAACACAUGAAGCCCUAUGCCUUCGCCGGUCUCUUCGGCACGAACAAGGUUUUCCUCCAAGGGAACAUGGACAAUGAGGGCAUGCUAUCAACGCGAUUCAACUAUCGGUGGAACCCCUCGCUCGUUACCAAGACCCAAUUCCAGAUAGGAUCUCAGGACAUGGCCUCGAUUGAGCACGAGUACACCGGCGGGGACUUUACAUCCUCUCUCAAGAUGCUGAAUCCUUCCUAUCUCGAAGGCGGCCUGACGGGCAUCUUCAUCCUUAGCCAUCUGCAAUCCGUUACCCGCAAACUUUCCCUUGGCAUCGAAGCCGUAUGGCAACGCGCCGCGCUCAACCAACCCCCAGAGUCCACCCUCGCGUACUGCGCCAAGUACAAGUCGGACGAUUGGAUUGCGACGGCGCAGCUGCAUGCUCAGGGCGCCUUGAACGCUACGUACUGGCGGCGCUUGUCGGAGAAGGUGCAGGCUGGCGUCGACAUGACCCUGAUGACAUCUCCCAGUCCCGCUGCCAUGAUGGGGGGUUCUAUGCGGAGGGAGGGCCUUACGUAUGUUGGUGUUAAGUACGACUUUCGCAUGUCGACGUUCCGAGCACAGGUCGACUCGGGUGGUAAGCUAUCUUGCGUGUUGGAGAAGCGGGUUGCCCCACCAGUCACCAUGUCGUUCUGCGCUGACGUGGACCACUUUACUCAAGCUGCCAAGGUUGGAUUUGGAAUCUCUAUCGAGGCUGGCGGCGAGGAGCUGCAAGAGCAACAGGAUGCUCUUGGCGGGCCCCAGGCAUCUCCUAAUAUCCCCUUCUGAGUCGCCAUCUCCGACAUAUUUGGAUGACUCUUUACAUAGAAGCUCCCCGCUCCCGCCAUCGUACGCCUAAUAUACAACAACCCUGCCACUCGGUCAUGGGCAUUCUACCUGUCCGCUGGGAGCACCGGCGCGCUGGCAACCUCGUGCGAUAUCAGUUAUUCUACCGCCUUGUUCUUACCAAGCCCAUCCCCCACAUAGGGGUGUGUGUGUGUGUGACAUGGGCAUUUCUCAGGCGGUUGGGGUCUGCAGACAUCAAUCAUCAUGGCUAUAGACUUUAUGAUCAUGCUCGUCAUUCGCCGCUCGGCGAGUGUCGGCCUCGGGCUCGGGCGAGAUGCCGAGCUCUGCCUCCUUUUAAAGAGCUUCUGGUGGAAACGGGCGAAAACGUGUAUAGUAGGGAUUGGACGACCACUAGAGAGGUGUCGGGACACCAUGACAUACGGACACACGACGGGGUCGGUGGUGGCCCGUGGUGUGACCGUCGACAAAAUCCUCCGGAAUGUAUCACGAAGCAUGUAAUUAUACCUGGCUGCUUAAUACGGGCAACCUCGAAGUGUAGAAAAAAAUAUAUCACGGCCACCUA